AUGCUUUGUUACAGGCUCGCGUCGGGCAGCGAUUGCGGCGGUGGUGGGUCGGGCGGGGGCGCGCCCGCUCCACAGUCGGCGCGCGUGUCCUCGAACGGCGCCGGUGGCAUGGCGGUGAGCCGCGUGCCCAGCCCGUUGCACGACGGGAACACGCCCGUCGCUGAAAACUGGUGCUUUACACAGGUGAAGGUGGUGAAGUUCAGUUAUAUGUGGACUAUAAACAAUUUUAGUUUUUGUAGAGAAGAAAUGGGUGAAGUUUUAAAAUCAUCGACAUUUUCGGCUGGUGCUAGUGAUAAAUUAAAGUGGUGUCUACGUGUUAACCCAAAAGGACUCGAUGAAGAGAGCAAAGACUAUUUAUCGUUAUAUUUAUUGUUAGUGUCGUGUAAUAAAUCAGAAGUGCGCGCAAAGUUCAAGUUUUCGAUAUUGAACGCGAAACGGGAAGAGACAAAGGCGAUGGAGUCACAGCGGGCGUAUAGAUUCGUUCAAGGCAAGGACUGGGGAUUCAAAAAGUUUAUCAGAAGAGAUUUCCUCCUGGACGAAGCAAAUGGUCUCCUGCCAGAAGAUAAACUGACUAUAUUUUGUGAAGUGUCAGUGGUAGCGGAUAGUAUCAAUAUUAGUGGGCAGAGUAAUGUUGUACAAUUCAAAGUGCCAGAAUGCCGGUUAUCGGACGACCUAGGAGCUUUGUUUGAUAGUGAAAGAUUCUCUGACGUGACGUUAGCGGUCGGCGGACGAGAGUUUCAAGCGCAUAAAGCAAUAUUAGCAGCGAGAAGUCCCGUGUUCGCAGCGAUGUUUGAACACGAAAUGGAGGAGCGGAAACGCAACAGAGUGGACAUCACGGACGUUGAUCACGAGGUGUUACGUGAAAUGUUACGGUUUAUUUACACGGAUCGAGCGCCCAAUCUAGACAAAAUGGCCGACGACCUCCUCGCAGCAGCUGACAAGUACGCGUUAGACCGGUUAAAAGUGAUGUGCGAGGAAGCGUUGUGCCUCAGCCUAUCAGUGGAGACGGCAGCGGACACACUCAUACUCGCCGACCUUCAUUCCGCUGACCAGCUCAAGGCGCAGACCAUAGACUUCAUCAACACGAGUCACGCAACAGAUGUCAUGGACACCACUGGAUGGAAGAACAUGAUAUCCUCUCACCCUCACCUCAUAGCCGAAGCCUUCCGCGCCUUGGCGACUCAGCAGCAGCAGAUUCCUCCCAUUGGCCCUCCAAGGAAACGGGUGAAGCAGGCCUAG